AUGGCUCGUGUCGCUUCGGCCGCCCUCUUGACAGCGGUUUUUGCCCCAGCAAUCGGUAAUCGUCUCUUCGUCCUGGCAGGAUGCACCACCAACUCCUUCACCACGCCGAGCUGGCUUGUCGAGAACUAUGCAUCGCAGACGCUGGGCAACUCCACUGUCGCUGCCUUUCAGGCGCUCAAUCGGGCCACCAACACCUCGUUGCAGCUGAGAUGCCAGGCCUCGAGCAAUGCAACCGCGCCAGGAGGAUGGCAAAGCUGCUCCGCGCAGAACCGGACAAAUUCGGACCUGCCGUUCGUUGCUGCUUUCCAGGCCAGCAAUUACACGGCCUACUUCUUCUUCAACGAGACCUGGGCGUGCAGCGAUGUGCCGGGCAAGCCGAUGAACUUCACCGCAAUCGGCAACAGCUCUGUCCCGAUCAGCUGCUCGACUGAUCCAAGUUCGGGAACCACAUGCAAAUCCACAAAACCGUUGCUCGUCAAGGCCGAACUGCUCUCUCCUGUCAAGAUCACCCCGGCGUACGUCAGCGGGCCUACGGGACACGACACCAAAGGCUGCACCGCCGACUCGAGGACGCCUGCUUGGGAAGUGGAGGCCACCCAGCUCAACCUCCAAAAUGGCACGGGAAAGAUCCAAGGGGGCAACGCCUUCGUCAUCGUCACCAAUGACCACCUCGGCUACACCGCCUCCUGCGGGGGGGUCCUCACGGCUGCUGCUGGGCCUCAGCCGUUGGCGUGCCAGGGCCAAACCGUCUACCAGCGCCCAGCCAGAUACCAAGUCGGGACUGUGGUGUUGUUUGAACCCAGCACGUUUGCCCUCACGGUCAACCAGACUUGGUUCUGUGACGACCAAGAUCCCUCUCAGCCCUUCGCCAUCACCGCAACCGGCACCACCAACCUGACACUCGACUGCCAGACCUUCGAGGGCGGCACGACCUUCUGCACGGGCGGCACCAGCGGCGCGUUCCCGGGCAACGUGACAUCGCACACGCUGCUGCAGCCGUACUCGCUCGACGACCCGCUGCCGACCACCGACAGCUGCACGGUCGCCUCGAUGCUGUCGCCGGCCUGGUGGCUCGACAACUUCGCGUCCAACACCACGACCAACCACAGCGACGUCGAGACGGUCAGCUUCGCCAUGGAGCUGCAGACGAGCGGCCAGCCGACCGGCAACGCCGCCUACAUCGCCACCGACGGCGUGCGCUCCUCCAACGGCUCGGCGCCGGCGAACUCGUCGGCCGCGGCCCUGCCGUGGUAUCCGUGCAACAUCACCUCGGUGGGUGACCCGACGCUGGCGCCGACGAAUUGCUCGUUCCGCUAUGAUAUGCCCAGCCGGUUUUUGGGUCUCCAGGUGCAGUGGCAGUGUGCCGAUCUGGAUGCGCACAGCCCGAUCACUUUCAGCGGAGAAGUGCGCACGCUUCUCCCGGAGACGACUUGCGUCACGUCGGGGGGGAACAUUCGCUGUGCCGCGCCGGAUCCGAAGCCGUGGAGCGCGAAUGUCACUUCGUUGACAUGGCGACAGUGA